AUGAGAGUGGAAGUGCCAGAUGUCACAACGCGCGCUUUCAAAACCCUCAUCAAUUUUAUCUAUUCCGAUCUGAACGUGGCAGCGGUAGAACUGGAUGGCGAUGUUGUCAUGCAAACACUCUAUGCGGCCAAGAAAUACGAUGUAAAGAUGUUGGUCAAGGCCUGUGGUACCUAUCUAACGAAUAGUCUCACAGCUGCAAAUGCGGUGGGCCUGCUGGAGCAGGCUUACUUUUUCGAUGAGCCUGUCCUGGUACAACAUUGCUGGAAAACUAUUGAUACAAAUACCGACGAAGCACUGAGCUCACCAGGCAAGCACUCUUCA